UUGCGGACUGAGGGUCCCGAGCGCCGCGGGUUGCGCUGCCUGCUCCUCCUCCUUAGCAGAGCCGCAUGAUGGCGGCAGCUGCGGCCGUGGUGGUGGAGGUGAGCGUGAGCAGCACCGGGAGCAGCAGCAGCGACACGUCCAGCACCGGCGAGGAGGAGAGGAUGAGGCGCCUCUUCCAGACCUGCGAUGGCGAUGGGGACGGCUACAUCAGCAGAAAUGACUUGCUGAUGGUGUGCCGUCAGUUGAAUAUGGAGGAGUCUGUUGCUGAGAUUAUGCACCAACUAGGAGCAGAUGAAAAUGGGAAGAUUUCCUUUCGGGAUUUUACUCUGUGCCGCAUGCAGCUUGUGCGAGAAAUCAGGAAAGAGGAAGUGGAACUUUCCGUGAAAUCAGAUGACUCUUGUAAAAAGAAGUUGUUAAGGGACAGAAUAGCCUCCUGGCCAACGAGCAGUGAUAACAGUUUGGGUGCCUUAUCAGGUGCUAGAGAAAGCUGGGAAUAUGAUUCUGGUGCAAGAGACCUUCAGAGUCCUGACCUGCAGAGCCAUUCUACCCUACAGAAGCUUUUGGAGUAUGGAGGCAGCAGUAUGAGUCAACAAGCUGCUCUACAGAAACUGCUAACGCAGGCCUCCAAUCUUAGCAACUCAGUUGGAGGAAGCUAUUUAGAGCUUGCCAACACUGUUCCCAGCCUUGGCAAGACAAGUCUUGUAAUUUUGCUGGAGCCAAGACAGGAAGCUAUUUAUGGGGAUCCAGACAGUCUUGGUUCUCCUUCAGUUUCUCUUUCCUAG